AUGUGGGGCAUGUUGCUGUUGGGAUGGGGUUGGCUCGUCUUUGUCCCCAGACCCGCAAUAAAUCAGGCCAGCUGUAGACCUCGCCAGAUCUUUGACAUUCCGGGCUUGGCGCAAGACGGGGACCUUAUCAUCGGCGGGAUCUUCCAUUUCCACAGCCACGCGGCCAAGCAAUCCCAACCUCACCCCUUCACAACUCAGCCUCGAUCACCGGACUGCGGGAAGUUUAAAGCGCUGACAGGAAUACUCAGGCAGGCAGUGCCCAUGGUCCUAGUGUGGGAUGGGCUCAUCUCACUGGAAUAUGAGCCGGCCCUCGGCACUUGGGUUCGAGGCUUCCAGGCCACUGGUUCAUCUUGGAUCCACUUUGACCUGAAAGAAUUUCAGCUGGCGCAGUCCAUGAUCUUUGCCAUUGAAGAAAUCAACAGCAGUAACAGGCUGCUGCCGAACGUCACCCUGGGCUAUCGGAUCUACGACGGCUGCCGCAGUGAGACGCUGUCGGUGAAGGCGGUGAUGGCUCUCAUCAGUCUCCAGGAGGAGGAUGUGGUUGAGUCGCCGUGUACAAGCGCCCCCCGAAUGCCCGCUCUACUGGCCGACGCUGGUUUCAUCAGCUCGCUCGCCGAGACUAUCCUGACCGCCCCCUUUAACAUCCCGACAGUACGUACCACAGUGACAAAUCCUAUCUUAAAUUCCCUCUCAUGUGGUGUUGCUCUAUUUGUUUUCGGGUUGGGACAAACUGAGGAUUUCUCUGCCAUAUGCGAAUGCUUCGGCGACAGGGAUGUCCCCACGCUGUUCGAAAUGGUCCCCAGCGAUUCCUAUCAAAUCCGAGCCAUCUCGUUACUGGUGGAGUAUCUCGGGUGGAACUGGGUGGGACUCAUUCAAAGCAAUUCCACCUACGUCGCCAUGGAGAGCGAACAUAUUGUCCACAACUUCCAAAAAUCUGGUAUCUGCAUCGCCUAUCGGGCCUCCGUCUCAGAGACUGACCCCCCCGAGAAAAUCCGCGAGGUGGUCAACACAAUGAAGAAGGCUCCCACCAAGAUUGUCAUCGUGUUCGCUGCCCUGGCCGAUAUGGAAGUCUUACUACACGAGGUGGUGCGGCAGAAUGUGACAGGGAUCCAGUGGGUCGGGAGUGAAUCUUGGGUUACCAACCCAAUCUUGAGUCCGGAGCAGAGCGCACGGUUCCUGACAGGGGCUUUGGGUUUCGUGGUUCCCGAUAGAAAUGUGCCGGGCUUGAAUGAGUUCUUGCUACGGGUCAGUCCUCUCCGGUCCCCGCGGAACCCCCUGGUGGAUGCGUUCUGGGAGAAAUCGUUCGGAUGCGCCAUGCCAAGGCCGCAAGAUGUAGCGGGUAAAGACACAUCGUCUCCGCUUGGACAAUGCACAGGGACGGAGCGCUUACAGGACAUUACCAACCAAUACACCGAUACCUCGCACCUACAUGUUUCCUUCCGAGUGUUCAACGCCAUGUUCGCCAUAGCUCAGGCACUUCACGAUAUGUUAUCCUGUGAGAAGAACGGGUGUGCCGAGACACAGGACUUCCUAUCCCACCAGCUGCUGUAUUAUUUGGAAACAUUGAACACCACGGUGAUUAAUGGUAGCAGCAUGCACUCUCAUCAAGAUGGAAGCUGGGUCCCAAAAUAUGACCUAAUAAACUGGCAAGAAAGCGCCAGUGGUUAUGCUGCCAUAAUGACCGUCGGGAAAUAUGAUGGCUCUGCGACCUUUGGCAACGAGUUGACGAUAAAUGACCAGGCUAUUGUCUGGAGCUACGGCAGAGAGGCCCCUCGAGGAAGAUGUUCAGACAGCUGCUUCCCUGGAACAAGGAAGGAGACAAGGCUUGGAGAACCCGCGUGUUGUUUUGACUGUGUACCGUGCCACGAUGGUGAAAUUAGUAACGUCACAGAUGCUAUGUUUUGUACCAGUUGCCCAUUGGAAUACUGGCCCAAUCAACCGAAGACUGAAUGCCUACUGAAGGAUCUCGAGUACCUCUCCUUCGAAGACACAAUAGGUGCCACAUUGGCCAGUUUUGCAGUUGGGGGUACCUGCCUGACCAUAGCCACCAUUGUGAUAUUCUACCACUACAGGCACAGCCCACUGGUCCGUGCCAAUAACUCGGAGCUGAGCUUCAUCAUUCUUUUCUCCUUGGGACUCUGCUUCCUCUGUGCCCUGGCAUUUAUUUCCAGCCCGUCCCACUGGUCCUGCAUUCUCCGUUUCACGGUGUUUGGGGUGACCUUCGCCAUGUGUCUGGCAGGGGUCUUGGGCAAGACGAUUGUUGUACUCAUGGCCUUCAAGACCAGAUCGCCCAAAAACCAGGCAAUGAGAUGGUUCAGCCCCAAUCGCCAGCGGUUGGCCGUGUUAAUCCUCACCUUUGUCCAAUGUAUCAUCUGCAUCUUUUGGAUCAUCCAGUCUCCUCCUUACCCGUUCAAAAGUUCAACCUACUACCCAAACGUGCUGAGCUUGGAAUGCCAGGUUGGGUCCGAUGCCUACUUCUGGGGGGUUUUCAUUAUCAUCUUCCUCUUGACUGGGAUAACUCUGUUCUUCGCUUUCCUCGCUCGGAAACUCCCCGAUUCCUUCAAUGAGGCGACGCACAUAACCUUCAGUCUGCUCAUCUUCUGCGCGGUCUGGAUCACCUUCUUCCCCGUGUACGCAAGCGCCCCAGAGAAGUACGCUGCCUCCGUGCAUGUCUUCGCGAUCUUGGCCUCCAGCUUCAGCCUCCUGCUUUGUAUCUUUGCCCCCAAGUGUUACAUUAUCUUGUUCAAGCCAGAACGUAACACUAAGAAGUGUCUCUUCACCUACUCAUCCCCAUGAAUUAAACACUCCAGAAGGCUGGGUGCAGAUAAAUGGAAUUAGCAUGGAUGGAUUGGGCCGAAGGGCCUAUUUCAUAAGUUCAUGAGUUCAUGUUAUAGGAACAGAAUUAGGCCGUUCGGCCCAUCAUGUCCACUCUGUCAUUCAAUCAUGGCUGAUCUACCUUUCUCGCUCAACCCCAUUCUCUUUUCCCCAUAAUCCUUGACACCCUUAUUAAUCAAGAAUCUGUCACUUCCUGCCUUAACAAUACCCAAUGAUCUCCUUCACCAUCUGUGGCAAUGCAUUCCAUGCUUUGGAGAUACAGUAUGGACACCGGUCC